AUGGCAUCCACGCCAUUAAAAACGCGAACUCGACGGAACACGAGCAUCGACGACAGAGACAUCGAUAUUAUCUCAGGCCUCUGGCGAGAGGCCCCGUUCGCUCGCUUGCCUCCAGAUGCGCCGCCUGAACUCAAAGAAUAUGUAACCGACGUCGAGGAUCCCCGGCAUGUGUACAUCCACCAACUCCGCGAUGGAUGCGGCGCCCCCAACUGCACCGUUUCAACAUGCUUCACCUGCCGCAAGCGUCUCGCUGGCAAGGCGCCGACUCGGAAGUAUAGCCAACAAAGCGCGAGGACACUUGCUGUAUACCUCGCAAGCCAAAAUGAUGCCGAAUCGGGAUUAUGUCCUGCGCUCCGGAUUCCGAAGGAAGUCUCUCCGUCGACGCAUAAUAACCUGAUAUUCGAGAUAACGGCGCGCGAGUUACCGCUCGCGACAGCGAAGCGCGCAGCCGCCGAUGGCUCGUCGACAUCGAAAAGCAGUGCAAAUCCCGGCGGUGACUUCUCUACCGGUGCCCGCUCGCGACGAUCCAACAGUGGCCCUCUGCCCGCGCACAGCUUGGAGCGAGCUUGCAGCGACGAGGACCCACGAUUUCAAGAUGGCGGCGAUGAGAGAUCGAGAGAAGUGCAAGACCGAUUUUCAUAUAAGAUCCGUGAGCAACCAGCAAGCAAAGACCAUCGCUCUUUUGCUGCGAAUCUGUUCGGCACGGUCGCUUUCCGGAUGAUCGAAUGGUUAAGCCCGCAAAGUAUAACGUCCAUGGGCGAAAAGCUACGGGUCGACCAUCUUAUGGGAGAAGAUGAGUCAGGCGAAACCGACGAUGAGGAGCCCAGUUCAGGCCUGGGCGGUUCUAGUACAGCAACAUCACGGUCCGAUCCGAUUGCAGACUUGAGAUCGCCUCUCAAGUCUCCCUCCUUGUUGAAUGGAGAAUUGCCCGAGAAACUCGCUCCGCCCGAAUCACUCAAUGCCUCACCAAUAGAUCCGACCAAGUCUCGGCGCGGUCCCGAGGCUUUGUUCCCUUCACCACAGUCCUGGAAGCCUCGGAGACGAGCAUCCCUAGAACCCCCUUCACCGACCAAGACAGACGAGUUCAGAUCACCUACAAAGUCUCCACGACCAAAUGGACUAUUUCCUGAAAAGCUGAAUCGCUCGCUUAGGUCAGUGUCGGCCACGGUGCCUAGAGGCGUAUUCGACACGCCUGCCAAGCCGGCUUUCUUUGGGCGCACGACAUCUCCUAUCCCCGUUCUCGGCGACCAAGGUCGAACCUCGACACUGUCAGAAGACGAGGAAGCGGAGGAUGAGGCCGAAGAUGACGAAGAUGAAUCCCCCAUGCCCUCUCCCACCAAGCACAAGUGUAUACCUAUCAAGACGAAGCUUUUCGAUGAUCCCGUUGCAAAAGACGACUCAAGCGCCCCUGCACCACUGGAAUGCCUUCCGCCGCAGUCGCUGAAGCGCCUUGACGCUGACGUUGUCGAUUUCUUAUGCGACGUGCUCGACAUGGACAAUACCGGCGAAGAACCGAUUGACCAACGUCGCGAUCGAGUCGACGAGCUACCGCGGCCUAGCCGUGGUAAGACGCCGUUAAGACGGAAGCACGACACCCACAACCCGGUAUCCCGGCGACAAUGGCGACAUUUCAGCGAGCAAGCAAUUUUCAGCGUGCUGAGUGAUCCUCAGGCAUUGAUCUCAUCUUUUUCAGCCCACGACGAUCUGUUCGACUCGCACACGCUUUGGUACUGCAUGUCACGUCUCACGGGCGCGGUGCCUAGUCUGGUAUUUCACAGCCUGUGGAUGGCUGCUGAUGCGCUGUUCAUACCAUCGACCACUUUGCAGCAGGUUGGGCCAAGUGACACGAAGCUAUUCCGACGCAAUCGUCGCGCUUUAUCAGACCACCAGGCUGGAUGUGUCAUGGCAAUAUGCCUCCAUGCACUGGCAGGCAGCGUACCCAUGGUACCUGACAAACACUCGCUGCGCGCACUGACUUGGGUGCGUGCAAAGGGACUCGCCUUGAGCGGCAAUGUAGAUGCACUCGCCCAGCCAUCCCAGCUACGCGAAAGAUUUGAUGACGCAUUCUCGAAUGACUUGGCCAUCCGACUGGCCUCGAGGCUUUGCUCUGCGCUUAUAGCACGUCGCAAAUUCGCGACUAUGCUGGGUAUGGACCGCAGGAACAGUGCGCAGGACGACAGCAGCGUUAUCGACGUUUUGGACCCGGUGUUCAGCCAGAUCGAUGUAUCAGGACUCGAGUCUACGCCAGCACUAGAAUUCUCCGAAGAUGCUCGCCUCUUCCAUCAUGGCCGGAUGCAGAUCCUUAUUCUGGAAUGGGCCCGCGCAGUUCUUUUGCACGAGUGGGACGGCAAGGCUGAUUUCGCAACGAGCGGUGCCUUUGCCGGGGCGUUGACGCUCAUUGAGUCAAUGCAUGGACAGAAGCAGUCGCUCCAACUACUUGGUCGCGACUUCCAGAUGGAGUACUUCUCGGAGCGCUUCGACUCGCUGACUGUGCCCAUCGCAUGGUUGUCGUUCGCUUCGACAAGCCAGAGAGGACAUAUGCUUGACUACCCUUACCUGUUUACGGGAAACAGUCUCGUCUCGCUCUUCCGAGCUAUCAAUUUUGGCAGGAUGAGUCGUGCAUACGAAGAAUCUAGUUCUCUCAGGACGAGGAUGAACGCGAUUGUUGACAAGGGCAGCUUGAUCACGAACCCGCAUCACAAGACGGUCUUGCAGGACAUGCUCAAAACAGCAUCGCGCAGAUACUUGGUUCUAGAAAUCAGCCGAGAGCACGUUUUGCGGGAUGCCUUUGACCAGCUCUGGCGGCGAGAGCAUAGAGAGCUCCUGUGCCCACUCAAGGUGCAUCUCGGUGAGGAGGGUGGAGAGGAAGGGUUCGAUUCGGGCGGUGUGCAGCAGGAAUUCUUCCGCAUGGCGAUUGCCGAGUUCCUCCACCCCCAAUACGGCGCAUUCACAGUCGACGAUCGCACGCGAAUGGCCUGGUUCGCGCCCGGUUCGGUGGUUGAGCUGUGGAAGUUCGAGUUGCUUGGGCUCAUCGUAUCAUUAGCCGUUUACAACGGCCUGACGUUACCGGUGACCUUUCCCACGGCUCUGUACCGAAAAUUGCUCAACAGACCGGUGACCGACCUUCACCACAUUGAAGACGGAUGGCCUGACCUGGCCAGCGGUCUCACCAUGCUGCAGGACUGGAACGAAAACGAUGGAGCCGUGGAGGACGUGUUUGCGAGGACCUACGAAUUCUCGGUCUUGACGUACGGCAGUCACGUCACGCGAGAAAUGGGCCCAGAGGACAUGGCCUGGCCACAAGUUGGCAAGGGCUUUGCCCCUCUGGAGGACGGCAAAGAGGCACCUCUCGUGACCAAAGACAACCGGGAAGACUAUGUAGCCGACUACAUUCGAUUCUUGACGGAUGUGUCAGUGCGACCUCAAUUUUCGGCCUUUGAGCGAGGAUUCCGCACCUGCCUGCACCCAAAGUCGCUCACCCUCCUCAACCCGAAAAACCUGCAAGCGCUGGUGGAGGGUGUCCAGGAGAUUGACGUUGCCGAGCUGCGACGUUGCACACGAUAUGUCGGCUGGGAUGCCUCGCACCGCACCAUCAGGGACUUUUGGUCCAUCGUCAAGCGCUAUGAUGAGGGCAUGAAGCGGCGCCUUCUUGAGUUUGUCACGGCAUCUGAUCGACUGCCGGUGGGCGGUGUGAGCAACCUGCAAUUCAUUAUACAGAAGAAUGGCGAGGAAGACGAAAAUGGGCAUUUACCUACGGCCUACACAUGUUACGGUACAUUGUUGCUUCCGGAGUAUAAGGAUAAGGACGCUCUUAGGGAGCGACUGGCGAUGGCGCUGGAAAACGCCCAGGGAUUCGGUUUUGCAUAG